GCAGCUGGCUGCCGAAACACCACCGUGCACCAAAAGGAUCUCCUUCCUUACUCUCGCCACCGCCAUCGUUACUUUUAAGCCCAAACCCCCCUUCUCUCUCUCUCUCUCUCUGGUCGAUGUUCCCUAUUUUUAAUCCGAAUUAGAAGGAGACGCAGAGACACUUGUUGAAAAAAGAGGAGCAAAACGCCACACCAAAAGGUUAUCGGAUCUCAACUCAGGUAGAUCCCAAUAAGAUUCUUUUGCAAUGGAACUAGCACAACUAGAGGCAUUGUGUGAGAGGCUGUACAAUUCCCAGGACUCCGUGGAAAGAGCUCAUGCAGAGAAUACUUUGAAAUGCUUUUCGGUGAACACUGAUUAUAUUUCACAAUGCCAAUACAUUCUUGACCAUUCAUUGACUCCUUAUGCGCUGAUGCUCGCUAGUUCGAGUUUGUUGAAGCAAGUCACUGAACAUAGCCUUGCCUUACAGCUCCGUCUUGAUAUCCGAAGCUACCUUAUUAACUAUCUUGCCACCAGGGGACCUGAAUUGCAGCCUUUUGUAACCGCAUCUUUAAUUCAACUCUUAUGUCGAGUUACAAAGUUUGGGUGGUUUGAUGAUGAUCGAUUCCGGGACGUAGUGAAAGAGUCAAUGAACUUCUUGAGCCAGGCAACAUCGGACCACUAUGCUAUUGGUUUGAAGAUCUUAAAUCAACUAGUGUCUGAGAUGAAUCAGCCUAAUCCUGGGUUGCCUUCAACACAUCAUCGAAGGGUAGCAUGCUCCUUCAGGGAUCAAUCGCUUUAUCAGAUAUUCCAAAUAUCAUUGACGUCACUGCAACAGCUGAAGAGUGAUGUUGUUAGUCGAUUGCAAGAGUUAGCACUUUCUCUAUCGCUCAAGUGUUUAUCCUUUGAUUUUGUGGGGACAUCAAUCGAUGAAAGUUCCGAAGAAUUUGGUACUGUUCAGAUUCCAUCUUCUUGGAGACCUGUUUUGGAGGAUCCUGCAACCUUGCAGAUCUUUUUUGAUUACUAUGCUAUUACAAAAGCCCCUCUUUCCAAAGAGGCACUGGAGUGCUUGGUGCGACUUGCUUCUAUAAGACGUUCUUUGUUUACAAAUGAUGCUGCCCGUUCUAAGUUUUUGGCCCAUUUAAUGACAGGAACCAAAGAAAUCCUGCAAACAGGGCAAGGUCUUGUUGAUCAUGACAAUUACCAUGAGUAUUGUCGUCUUCUUGGACGUUUCAGGGUGAAUUAUCAGUUGUCAGAGCUUGUGAAUGUAGAAGGCUAUAGUGAUUGGAUACAUCUGGUUGCGGAGUUCACUUUAAAGUCUCUGCAAUCUUGGCAGUGGGCCAGCAGCAGUGUGUAUUACCUAUUAGGCCUGUGGUCCAGAUUGGUGACAUCUGUACCCUAUUUGAAAGGUGAUGCACCAAGCUUGCUGGAUGAAUUUGUGCCUAAGAUUACUGAAGGUUUCAUCACAUCAAGGUUUAACUCUGUGCAGGCUGGAUUGCCAGAUGAUCUUUCUGAGAACCCGUUAGACAACGUUGAACUUCUUCAGGAUCAACUAGAUUGCUUUCCUUACCUUUGCAGAUUUCAGUAUGAAAGCAGUAGUUUGUAUAUAAUAAAUAUAAUGGAGCCAAUUCUGCAAGCAUACACGGAAAGAGCUCGAUUGCAGACCACUGAUAACAAGGAUCUCUCUGUCAUAGAAGCCAAACUUGCUUGGGUUGUUCAUAUUAUUGCUGCUAUUCUUAAGAUAAAACAAUGUACUGGUUGUAGUGUGGAAUCACAAGAAGUGCUUGAUGCAGAACUUUCAGCUCGUGUUUUGCAAUUGAUAAGUGUAACUGACAGUGGACUACACAGCCAGAGAUAUGGUGAAAUAAGCAAGCAGAGACUUGAUCGAGCAAUUCUUACCUUCUUUCAACAUUUCCGAAAGUCUUACGUAGGUGAUCAGGCCAUGCAUUCAUCGAAGCAGCUAUAUGCCCGGUUGUCUGAGCUUCUUGGACUCCAUGAUCAUCUACUGCUAUUAAACGUAAUUGUUGGGAAGAUAGCUACAAACCUCAAGUGUUAUACAGAGAGUGAAGAGGUGAUUGAUCACACAUUGGGCUUGUUCUUGGAGCUGGCAUCUGGAUACAUGACUGGGAAGCUGCUUUUGAAAUUAGAUACCGUCAAAUUCAUAGUUGCAAAUCACACUAGGGAGCACUUUCCAUUUUUAGAAGAAUAUAGAUGCUCACGCAGCAGAACAACUUUCUAUUACACCAUCGGCUGUUUAAUAUUUAUGGAGGACAGCCCUGUGAAAUUCAAGUCAUCAAUGGAUCCACUUUUGCAAGUUUUCAUCAGUUUAGAAUCAACCCCUGAUUCACUUUUCCGUACUGAUGCUGUAAAGUAUGCAUUAAUUGGCCUAAUGAGGGAUCUCAGAGGAAUUGCAAUGGCGACAAAUAGUCGCAGAACUUAUGGGCUUCUGUUUGAUUGGCUAUAUCCUGCACACAUGCCUCUACUCUUGAAAGGCAUCUCACACUGGAGUGAUACACCAGAGGUUACAACACCUUUGUUGAAAUUCAUGGCUGAAUUUGUGUUAAACAAAGCCCAGCGUCUGACUUUCGACUCUUCCUCUCCAAACGGCAUACUUCUUUUCCGUGAAGUCAGUAAAUUAAUUGUUGCUUAUGGGUCAAGGAUUUUAUCUCUUCCAAAUGCUGCUGAUAUAUAUGCCUUUAAAUACAAGGGUAUAUGGAUUUGUUUAAACAUUAUCUCAAGAGCCCUUGCUGGAAAUUAUGUCAACUUUGGUGUGUUUGAGCUAUAUGGGGAUAGAGCACUCUCUGAUGCCCUUGAUGUUGCUCUAAAGAUGACACUAUCAAUUCCUUUGGCUGAUAUAUUGGCCUUCCGUAAGCUAACAAGGGCCUAUUUUGCAUUCUUGGAGGUGCUUUUCAACAGCCACAUUGUUUUUAUAUUGAACUUGGAUACAAACACUUUUAUGCAUAUUGUAGGUUCUCUUGAAUCUGGUCUUAAAGGUUUGGAUACGAAUAUCUCAUCACAGUGUGCAUCUGCUGUCGAUAAUCUGGCUGCAUUCUAUUUCAACAAUAUCACCAUGGGGGAGGCACCUACUUCACCUGCUGCAAUAAAUCUUGCUCGGCACAUUGCAGAUGGCCCUAAUUUGUUUCCAGGAAUAUUGAAGACGCUCUUCGAGAUAGUUUUGUUUGAGGACUGUGGCAACCAGUGGAGUCUUAGCAGACCAAUGUUGAGCUUAAUACUAAUCAGUGAGCAGAUAUUCACUGAUUUGAAAGCUCAGAUUUUGGCUUCACAGCCAGCAGAUCAACAUCAGCGGCUUUCCUUGUGUUUUGACAAGUUAAUGGCAGAUGUUACUCGGAGCUUGGAUUCCAAAAAUAGGGAUAAAUUCACACAGAAUCUUACCAUAUUCAGGCAUGAGUUUCGGGUAAAAUAACUCGAGUCUCUGUGAAGUGGAUACUUGUUUGGAAAUCAAAUUAUGUAUGCAGAAGAUGUUUGUCCGAAGAACCCAGUACUAGUCUCUUCUGUAAACAUGGCAUCUCUGCUCAUUAGACAAGGGUGUUGUUUCACAUGGGUUUCUUAAUCUAAACGAAAAAGAAGCAGAUUCUAUGAUGUUCAUGGGAUUGUGGAGUGGGAAAAGUUUGAUAUGAAUCUUUGUGGUGUUACUGUAUAGUUUUAAUAGACGUCGUCCUUGAAUAGGGGAGAUUAUAGUCUCUGAUCAGUAUGGAUGUUGUAGCAUUAAGUGGAGGAUUUCUCUAAGGUCGGGUAUAGACGCUAGGGGUUGGGUUGGCUGAUGAUGAUGAUGGUCGUUGUAGAAGAUCAAUUCUUUUUUAGGAGAAAGAAAUUAAGAUGUACAUGAUCAUUAAUUCUUCAAGUUUUUAAUGUUUCUGUAUA